AUGUGGCUCAUGUCGUUCAUUCUCGACUAUGCGGCGCCAGUUUUCCUCGUCCUCUCGCCCCUAACGUCAUAUUCGGAUCAAAUAUAUAGCAUACAUAGGACGAAAAGUUCUGCUGGAUUUUCGUUGGAUAUCCCUUUGAUAAUGCUCGUUGCCUCGAUCUUAAAGGUGUUCUACUGGUUCGGCGCCUAUUACUCGAAUGCGUUGCUCUUCCAAGCAAUCCUCAUGAUUUGCGUACAGUUGGUUUUGUUAAAGGUUGCCUUAGAUAAUCGAGCACCAACUGGAAUAAGAGAUGGAAUUGAACAUGCGCCAUUCAGCGGCCAAAAAGCGGGAAUACUAGGGACGAGCUUUUCGAGGCCGUAUAACUUUUGGCAAUGGAGAGCUAACCGACCAUACUGGAGCUUUCUUUCUUACUUCGUCGCGUCCCUAUUCGUCAUCCACGUCAUAUUCCGGCCCAUCUCGCGCUCGGAGCGCUAUAUUGCCCUUCUGGGCUUUGCCGGCCUUGGCGUUGAAGCCUUCCUCCCUGUGCCACAGAUAAUAUCCAACCAGCGCGCACAAUCUUGUAAGGGUUUCCGGGUCUCGGUGCUCGGCUCAUGGAUUCUCGGAGACGCCAUGAAGAUGGGCUAUUUCUUUUUCGGUGGUGACUCUAUUCCAUGGGCUUUCAAGCUUUGUGGGAUUUUACAAUGCCUCUGCGACUGUUAUCUUGGAGUACAAUAUUGGAUGUUCGGGGAUGGGAUUCCGGUGAAACAUAAUGUGGAGAGGGUGGCAGCAGCUAAUGGGUUCGAUCGUGGUGAUGAUAGAUGGGGUAUGAAAGCAGCGGAUGUACGAUUGUCGUAA